AUGCCUACAAGUGAUAAUCAGGAAGGAAAUGAAGAAGGAAAAACAUCCAAAGUGAAACUUCCAUCAGACCAAAGAAUUCUCCUGAUGGUGUCUGAGCGGGGCGCGCAGGGCGCGGCGGUGGGCACCGGCAGCGAUGAGGGUGUCGCGGGCCCCGCGGUGACCACGGUGGGAGGCGGCCUCCUGCUGUCCCCGUGGGGCCCCCACCGCUCUGGGCCAGAAGGGACAGGCUCAUCCCAGGUCCCGGCCCUGUGGUCACCUCCCAAGUCCUCCAAGUCCCGACACAGCUGCCUUCCCGAAGUGACCAAUUAA